AUGUCUUCACUGGCGAAUGCCGGCUUGGCUCGUUAUGCUUGCGACUACUGCAAGCAAAAGAAGUUCAGAUGCUCCAAGGAAUUUCCCAAGUGCAGCGCGUGCAAGCCUUGGCCGGGGCCUUGCAGCUACUCCCGAGAUAAGCCGGCUCUCAAGGUCAGGGUCAAUGAGCAAACAACCCGCCCAUCUCUGGGCUUAACAGACCAGCGGAACAUAGAGGGCCUACAUGAGAGAUUGCGGAAAGUUGAGGAAGCGGUACAAGCUCUGACCAAUGCCGUAACUCAGGCUGUUGAUGCGAUAAAUCAUCCGUCGACUAACUGCCAACGGGGGUCUGAAAACGACCGUGAACCUCAUGAAGCAAUAGAUCUACCUUCUAACCUGAGUGUCGGAGAUGUGGAUUCCUUCUCUUUUAUAAAAGACACAUCUAUCACUAACGCGACCGUCGGCUCAUCACCUCUUUAUCAGCAUGCUGCAAAGGAGCUGCAAUAUCUGUCACACUCCUUAAUAGCAGCAGUAGCGAGCAAAGAGCAUCCUUCAACUGGCUUCUACAUACCAUCAAGAGCUGAGGGAUACCAGAUGAUAGGCCAUUUCUUGGAAAAUGCCAGCUUAGGCGACGCGUUCUUCAUCACACCUUCAGAAGACCUCCUCAUACAAACCAUAUUCAGACCUGAAACUGUCUCAAGAAAGGCAUGGGUUGUGUAUAUCAACUACAUGAUCCUCACUAUGCUAGUAGAUAACGAAAACGCCAAAGCUCAAAAGUACAGGAACAACAUGAAGUUGGCGCUCAAUGAUAGCAGAAUCUUUCUCGAACCUCACGAAGUUAACCUUCAAGCCCUCGUCAUGCUAGCCAUCCAUGGUGAGGAUUAUGCCUCGCCGAAUUCAUCGUGGAUGCUCAUUGGCCAUGCAUGUCGUCAAGCUGAGGCAUUGGGAUUUCCCAUUGCCUCUACAGCAGAUUAUGUGACAACUCAGCGGAGGUUGAGCCUCUUUUGGCUUCUGUUCGCUAUGAUCGGGACGGUCGUAGACUCGAGGCAUAUCCCUGAGCCAGAAGAGGGCUUGAGAGAGCGUCUUGGAGAGUGGUAUACUCGAACAAACAAGCAGAUACUGGAAGAUACACUCCAGAAUGAGAGAGCUUUCUCAGGGCCCAACGAACUACGCGAAAUGGUAUUGGGGAUUAGCACUAUUAAGUUUGAGUACUUGCAUGUCUUGAUGGUCCUCCUCAAAUCUCAUCCACCAUCUGCUAGCUUGAGACUUGAGGCUGCAAGGGAGGCGAUCUCUCUUCUUCCGUCCAUGGUAUCCAAUUGGACUUCUGUAUACAAUAGCAUGAUCUGGCAUCUUUUAUACUUCCCUUUCACACCAUAUUUCAUCAUCUUCGAGAACUUAGUCCAAAGAAAUGCGCUUUUAAGGAAGGUCAUGAUCCAACAAGACCUCGAGCUUUUGUCUACAACGGUUUCGUAUUAUUCAAGCAUGACACGCCAAAUGCAAAUGCUAGCUCCGUUGUGCGCACGUCUUAAGAACAUCGCGACAGUAUUCCUCCACCUAGCCAAGCUGCAUACAGACUGUUCAGAUCCCCUAUACUCAACUCAGCCACCAGCUCCAGAGCCCUUGCAGUCACGCUCAAGCCAAAAUCAGAAGACCAGUAUUUCAGCAAACAGCACGUCGACUGGCUCUUUGCAAACGGAGCUAGGUGGGGAAUGUGAUGUCGACUUGGAGCAAUAUCUCCAGUGGCUACCAUCAGAUGUCAUUCCUCUUCAAGAUACACAAUCUACAGAUAUACCAGAUGAAGAUUCGAAUCAAAGGGCUUUGGGUGCUGAGGUUGUAAAGCCGUUACAGGCAGAACCCCGGGGUACCAAACGGCCAUUCGACGUUAUGUUUGACUGGUUUGCUUGGGAUGUCUACUACGGGGAGCAAAAUAUUGAGAUUGGGUGA